AUGCUGCCCCUGCUGCUGCUGUCCCUGCUCUGGGGGGGGUCCCUGCAGGAGGAACGAGGGUACUGGCUCCAAGUGCAGGAAUCAGUGACGGUGCAGGCGUGCCUGGGGGUCCACGUGCCCUGCUCUUUCUCCUACCCUUGGAGUUCGUGGUACUCCUAUGGAGAACCCUUCAUCUAUUGGUUCCGGGAAGGGGACGACAUACACCGCAGUGAUCCUGUGGCCACAGACAACCCAGGGAGACGAGUGAAGCCAGAGACCCAGGGCCGAUUCCACCUCCUCGGGGACCCCAGGAAAAAGAGCUGCUCCCUGAACAUCAGACAUGCCAGGAUGAGCGACACAGGAGUCUAUUUCUUCCGAGUGGAGGGAGGUGAUGUGGAAUACAGUUACACAGAUAAGAAGCUGAAUUUGCAGGUGACAGCCCCAACAGAGAAACCUGACAUCCAUUUUCUGGAGGCUCUGGAGUCCGGCCGCCCCACAAAGCUGACCUGCCGCCUGUCACUAGUCUGUGAUGGGGGAAGAGUUUUCUCAUUCUCCUGGGCAGGGGAUGCCCUUGGUGCCAUGGACCCAGAGACCCUCCACUCCUCGGUGCUCACCUUCACCCCGAGGCCCCAGGACCAUGGCACCAACCUCACCUGUCGUGUGAACCUCCCAGGAGAUCAAGUGACCAUGGAGAGAACCAUCCGGCUCAAUGUCUCCUAUGCUCCGUGGAACCUCAGCAUCAACCUCUCCUUCAGAAAUGUCACAGCCCUCAAGACUCUGCAAAACAGCUCAUCCCUUCUCAUCUCGGAGAGCCAGGCUCUGCAGCUGCUCUGUGUUGCUGACAGCAACCCCCCUGCACAGCUGAGCUGGUUCGGGGCUUCCCCAGCCCUGAACGCCACCCGCAUCUCCAGCACCAAGAUCCUGGAGCUGCCAGGCUUUGGCGCUGCAGAAAGAGAAUUCACCUGCCGAGCUCAGAACCCCCUGGGCUCCCAAAAUACCUCUCUGAGCCUCUCCGUGGUCUACCCCCCGCAGCUGCUGGGACCCUCCUGCUCCCAGGAGGAUGAGGGUCUGCACUGCGACUGUUCCUCCCGAGCUCAGCCGGCCCCCUCCCUGCGCUGGCGGCUGGGGGAGGGGCUGCUGGAGGGGAAUUUCAGCAGCGCCUCCUUCAAGGUCACCUCCAGCUCGGCUGGGCCCUGGGCCAACAGCUCCCUGAGCCUCCGCGAGGGGCUCAGCUCUGGCCUCAGACUCAGCUGCGAGGCCCUGAACGUCCACGGGGCCCAGAGCGCCACUGUCCUGCUGCUGCCAGGGAAACCGGCAUCCCUGACCGGAGUGGUUUGUGGGGCCCUUGCAGGUGCCGGUGCCAUGGCCUUGCUGUCACUGUGCGUGUGCCUUGUCUCCUUUUGCAUAGUGAAAGCCCGCAGAAAGCAGGCAGCCAGGAGACCAGCGGGUGCGGAUGGUGAAGACCCCGUCAUGGGUAUCGUUGCCUGGGGUUCCAGGCAAAAGCCCUGGCCAGACGGCCCCCCAGACCAGACGUCGUCCCCUGCAGAGGAUGCCCCGCCUUCAGGGGAGCAACAGGAGCUCCAUUACGCCUCCCUCAGCUUUCACGGGAUGAAGUCCCGGGAGCCUUUGGACCAGGAGGCCACCAACAUCACCGAGUACUCAGAGAUCAAAACAAGCUAA